AUGCUCAACUUUGCAAAAACGGCUCUUCGCGCACGCGCUGUGCCAGCAACGUCGUUGCUGCGCCGCAAUGCUGCUGGCUCAUCGUUUCGAUUCCAGUCGACCACCGUCUCACAUGAUCCCAUGACGGGCGAGCCAACAGGCCUCAAGCAUCUCGACGCUUCGGCUUUGGUUGUAACCAAGUCCAACGCUCCCCGUGUUCCACCGCCUUCUCAAUCGCUCGUUUUUGGCGCCAAUUUCUCGGACCACAUGCUUUCCGUACCCUGGAACAGCGCUACUGGUUGGGAUGCACCCAAAAUCCACCCCUAUGCUCCGCUGCAGCUCGACCCCAGUGCGGUCAUCUUCCACUACGCACCGUCGCUCUUCGAAGGCAUGAAGGCGUACAAGGAUGUCAAUGGCAAAGUCCGACUCUUCCGACCUGACAUGAACAUGAAACGCAUGAACACCUCGGCUGCACGCAUCGCUCUGCCCACAUUUGAAGGCGAACAGCUUAUCACGUUGAUCAAGAAGCUAGUGGCGUUGGAUAAAAGCUGGAUUCCGUCGGAACCGGGCCAUUCGCUGUACAUCCGACCUGCGCUGAUCGGUACGGAAGCAGCGUUGGGAGUGCACCCUACCAAAGAUGCGCUUCUGUUUGUCAUCUGCUCACCUGUGGGGCCGUACUACAAGACCGGAUUCAAGCCUGUUGCGCUCGAGGCGGACCCGAACAAGGUGCGUGCAUGGCCCGGUGGAACGGGACAGUACAAGCUCGGAGGCAACUACGCACCUGGAAUUCUGCCGCAACUCGAAGCGGCGGAACGAGGAUACCAACAGAACCUCUGGUUGUUUGGCGACCAGCAUCUGUUGACCGAAGUGGGAACCAUGAACCUCUUCGUCGCGCUCAAAAAGAAGGACGGCAAGGGCAUCGAACUCGUCACGCCUCCCCUGAACGGUAUGAUCCUUCCCGGUGUCACAAGAGAUUCCAUCCUGCAUAUUGCCAAGGAUCACGUCAACGGCAAGUACGCGCUCGAAUCGCUGCCGAAAGACCUCGAGGUGAAUGAGCGCGAAAUCAGUAUCCACGAAGUCAUCGAGGCGGAGAAAUCAGGCGCGCUCGUCGAGAUGUUUGGCGCAGGCACAGCUGCGGUUGUCAGCCCUGUCGACAGGGUCGGUUACAAGGGCAAGGAUAUUCAUAUCCCCGCCGGCGACGGUAUCGGACCGAUCGCCAAGGCUAUGCUCGAGAGGAUCACUGAUAUCCAGCUCGGUAAGGUCGAACACGAGUGGAGCGUGGUUGUAGAUGAUCUUUAG